AGCAGCUGCAUUCUCGACGUGAAUCAAGAAUUCGAGAGACAUUCGAAUGAGAGCGCAGAUCGGAAAACUGCUUAAGUAAUGAAGAAUAUUACAGCAUCCGUGAGACAGUCAAAAUGCGAGAAAUAGCUCAUCUUCAGGCAGGUCAAUGCGGCAAUCAAAUCGGAGCGAAGUUCUGGGAAGUAAUAUCGGACGAACACGGCAUUGAUCCAACGGGAACAUACCACGGUGACUCAGAUUUACAGUUGGAGCGAAUAAAUGUUUAUUACAACGAGGCAACCGGCGGGAAGUAUGUGCCAAGAGCAAUCCUCGUCGAUCUCGAGCCAGGGACCAUGGACGCCGUGCGAUCCGGUCCAUUCGGACAAAUAUUUCGCCCCGACAAUUUUGUUUUCGGGCAAAGUGGUGCCGGUAAUAAUUGGGCCAAAGGUCACUAUACCGAGGGUGCUGAACUCGUUGAUUCCGUAUUGGACGUCGUCAGGAAAGAAGCCGAGAGUUGCGACUGCCUGCAAGGAUUCCAAAUGACCCACUCCCUCGGUGGCGGCACUGGGGCGGGAAUGGGCACCCUCCUAAUAUCCAAAAUUCGCGAGGAAUAUCCGGACAGAAUUAUGAUGACAUUUAGCGUUGUUCCAUCCCCAAAAGUAUCGGACACAGUAGUCGAACCGUAUAAUUGUACUCUAUCGGUACAUCAGCUGGUAGAAAAUACGGACGAGUCUUACUGCAUCGACAAUGAAGCUCUCUACGACAUUUGUUUUCGAACCCUCAAGUUAACGACUCCCACUUACGGUGAUUUGAAUCAUCUCGUUAGUGCGACAUUGAGCGGGGUUACGACAUGUCUCCGAUUUCCUGGCCAGUUGAACGCCGAUUUGCGCAAAUUGGCGGUAAACAUGGUGCCAUUUCCUCGUUUGCAUUUCUUCAUUCCCGGCUUCGCGCCAUUGACGUCACGGGGCUCCCAACAAUAUCGGGCAUUGACGGUGCCGGAAUUGACACAACAAAUGUUCGACGCAAAAAAUAUGAUGGCGGCUUGUGAUCCACGUCACGGUAAAUAUCUCACGGUCGCAGCGGUUUUCCGAGGCAGAAUGUCGAUGAAGGAGGUCGACGAGCAGAUGCUCAACAUUCAAAACAAAAACAGCAGUUAUUUCGUCGAUUGGAUACCGAGUAACGUGAAAACUGCGGUUUGCGAUAUUCCUCCCCGCGGAUUGAAAAUGUCGGCGACUUUUAUAGGCAAUUCUACAGCGAUACAAGAGCUGUUUAAACGCGUUUCGGAACAAUUCACCGCGAUGUUUCGCCGAAAAGCUUUCCUACAUUGGUACACCGGAGAAGGCAUGGACGAGAUGGAAUUCACCGAGGCGGAAAGCAACAUGAACGAUCUCGUCUCCGAAUAUCAACAAUAUCAAGAAGCCGCAGCCGAGGAAGAAGGCGAAUUCGACGAGGAAGAAGAGGGCGAGGGAGACGACAAGUAGAUCCACUGGAAAAUUCACCAAUAAAAAAAGGGAAAAAAUAUCAACUGAGGUUGCUUCGUAAACGAUAUUUGAGAAAAACCACUUUAGCACUUGCGCUUCAAUAUUUCGUUUAGUCUCAUCGAGUCCAGCAUCGGUGUCCGACACAAAUUUUCGUAUUCCCCCAUAAAUUCCAGCCCGUUCUGUCUCGUUCCAUCUUGUGAAUUUUUUGUAUAUCCUCCUUCCCGAAAAAUGUUAUGUCUUUGUAAUAAAUAAAGUUGAGUUGUA